AUGCUCCGCCAACAGCUUAUUGCUCUUUCGCUCAUUCCGGUCAGUUUGCUCAUCAGUUGGAAGAAUAAAGUUGUGCAAUUUUCAGCCGGCCACAUUCGGAUUCGUCUGCAACUGGCUGACAGUAUUCAUCGUCGUCAGGUACCGUACUCUGCACCGUCCAUUCGCCGUCCUCACUGCUAAUCUCGCUGCUUGGCAUGCGAUCUCUGCAACCGCUGCUCUCUUCUUUAUCGUUCCGAUGGUUGUUUUGUAAGUUGCUCUUCUUGUAUACAAUAACAACCUUUUUCAGUGACAUCCGUUUAAUGAAAGAAAACUCUUCCGUCUGUGGAGCCAUCACCCUUCUGGCCUAUGACAUCACCGCUCACACCCACGUCACCAUCUGUUUCAAUCGAUUCGUCGCCGUCUUCCUCCCUCUCUCCUACACCUCAAUAUUCAAUCCGAGAUCCACAAAAGUUCUGAUCCUCCUCAUGACUGCUGUCUCUACCGUAAUCGUGGUCACAUUCGUCACCGCACUCGACUGCCAACUCGAAUACGACGACAAUCACUGGACGUUUCUGAUCACAGACACCCGGAAGUGUAGCAUAUUCUCGUGGACCAUCAUGUUCGGCAAGAAUCUUCUAUUCUCAAUUGUUGAUGUUCUUCUUCAUGUGAUCACUUUCUGUCGAGUAGUCAGAAUGAAAAAAGCAGUGAGUUCAGCAACCUGGGACCGAAUGCCCAUCUCUGAUUACAGGCGGAACGGAGUUCUUCUCAAGGAUAUCGUCUUCAAGAGUCUUACUUUCUCAAACAGGUACUUAAUUCAGUCUCGUUUCUUUUCAAACAGUUUCACCUCUUCAGACCUUUGGCCAAACCGUGUUCAUGUCCAUCGAACUGAUCGGCUACAUCCUCCCCUCCCGAUCUCUUCAGCCCGACUACGUUUCGUUCCUUCUCUCCACCUUCUUAUGGUGCUUUGUUCAUGCCGCCGAGGGCGUCAUCACCCUCAUCUACAAUUCGGAAAUCCGCCGAAAAUUGCACAGAAGAAAGAAGAGCUAUCGCAUUUCGGCCACCAAAAUCGAGCAGCAGCAGCAGCAAGCAGUGGAGAACUGA